CAUUCCAUCUGCCAAGAAAAAAAAAGAAACAGUCGGCCACGCUUGCUAAAGAGAUCUUUUCACAUUUUCGGGACCUAUUUUCCCCCUUUUUAUUUAUUUCAAAUAUUGCUGUAAUCAGUUCACAAACAAAUCAAAACACACAACUAUCUCCUCAAAAUUCACAAUGGCAGAUCUAGACGAUUUCUUCGCUAAAAAAGACCGUAAAAAAUCGAAAGCAGUGAAAAAGUUCGCUACUGCUGACGAAUUAGCUAAAAAAAUGGAAGAUACAAAACAGAAACCCGAGGUGCGGCCGAAGAAAGAAAGACCAACGCAAGAAGGUGACGAAUCAGCACGGGCUGGGGAAGAGGAAGAGUGGAAAGAAUAUGAGGAGCCAGUUAAAGACUACACUGGCCUUAAGAUACAGGUGUUGCAGGGCGGCAACGGAGCGCCCGAAUCGGGCCGCGACAACACAUCCGAGGACUCCGCCCCCGAUAGUAGCAAGGGCAAAGGCCCCUGGAACAAACCUGUGGAGACGGAGGUGGCGGCGGCGGCGCCGGCGCCGGUGCCGGUGGAGCAGCCCGAGAAGAAGGCCACGUACGUGCCGCCCGUCCCGCGGCAGCGCGUCGCCGAGCCGCUGCGCCGGAAUCAAGCUAAGCACGCGCCGGACAUCCACAACGACGACUCGUUCCCUGUGCUGGGCCGCCGCACCACGCGCCGCGCCAGCCGCUCGCGCUCGGCAACCGCUUCACCUCGCUACAGGACGACAGCUAGCCAGGUAACAACAAGCAGCUCUGCAAUGCGAAGAAGUGAAGUGAAGUGUCAGUAAGGACUUUUAAGCGAAGUCUGGCGCAUACAUACACACAUACAUAAGUCACAGUUCAGAACAGUGCAUUUCCGAAUUCAUAACAUUGCCAAACUCACGGCUGUGGACAGUUGCUAUAAUAAAAAAUAAAUAAAAAAAACUAUUCUAAAUGUAAUUAAAAAUAAUUUGUUUUCACAUGGAAAUUGUUGAUAAUAAAUUUCCUUUGCCUUGGUUUUUUAUAAACAUAAAAAUUGUAGACAAUAAUUAUAAUGCCUGGGAACGUGCUUUUGACACAGAUUUUUAAAUUUGGAACGUGUUGUUCCUUUAAAAAGGGAACACGAAUUUUUAAAUCUACGUCAAAAAGGGUAUUUUAACAUUGGAAUAUGGCAACUGUCUAAAAAAGGUGUAUAAGUAUAAACGGAAGUGUUUGCAAAAAAAAAAAAAAAAACUAUUAUAAUUGUUAUUUUUUAUGUUUAUAUAUAAAAAGGCCGUGUAACGAACGACGUGAUGGACUUUUAUAGGAAAAUUGGUGUAAAAUUUUGUAAUAAGCCGAUAAUUUGCAGUUAAGUGUAAAGAUCAAACGAGCGCGGGUUGUACGAUGGAAAAUUUAUAUUUACGGAAGAUAUUCAUAUAAAACUCGAUGUUUGGGUGAUAGAUAAAGUGGACCGUCUUUGGUUACCUAUAAUGUACAUUUGUUUUAAUAUUGCUGUUAUAUUUAUCGGCGAAUCAUUCAGAACACGUUGUAACAUAGUAAUAAAUUACGUAUUUAAACCGA